AUGAUAACAUAAAAACCCAGCAAACAUAUUGAUCAUCAACAUAAAACCCUAGCUUGGCCUCCGCCCUAUUUUAGGGUUUUUAUUUCAUUUCCACAUUUCACUCUAACGUUUCCUCUCUCUCCAUCCGUCGGCUGCUGCUCCAGUUAUUCUCUAAUGGCGCCGGAGAAGAAGUUAUCGAACCCCAUGAGGGACAUCAAGGUCCAAAAGCUUGUUCUCAACAUCUCUGUUGGUGAAAGUGGUGAUCGUCUUACCAGAGCUGCUAAGGUGUUGGAACAACUCAGUGGUCAAACCCCUGUUUACUCCAAAGCCAGGUACACUGUCCGAUCUUUCGGAAUUAGACGUAAUGAAAAGAUUGCUUGUCACGUGACUGUUAGAGGUGACAAAGCAAUGCAGUUGCUUGAAAGUGGUUUGAAGGUCAAGGAAUACGAGUUGUUGAGGAGAAACUUCAGUGAAACUGGAUGUUUUGGUUUUGGUAUUCAAGAGCACAUUGAUCUUGGAAUUAAGUAUGAUCCCUCUACUGGUAUUUAUGGUAUGGACUUUUAUGUUGUUCUUGAGCGCCCUGGAUACCGUGUUGCCCGUCGCAGAAGGUGCAAGGCCCGUGUUGGAAUCCAGCACAGAGUUACCAAGGAUGAUGCCAUGAAGUGGUUCCAGGUCAAAUAUGAGGGAGUUAUCCUCAACAAGGCCCAAAAUUUAUCUGCUUAAACCUUUGUUUUGUUUCGUGAAUGCUAAACUUUUGUCUAUCUUAUUAGCUGUUAUCCCGCUAGGGUUAAAUUGGAUUUUUAGUGAAAAAGAGCUUUUUUUUUUGACGAUUUAUUAGUUUUCUUUGUACUGUUGGGUUACAUCGGUUCUAGAAUUUUUGUUCUAUGCUUCGUGGGUAUACAGUUAUCAUUACCAUGAAUGCCCCAUCGUACUUUUUUUACAUCAAUCAAGUGUUGCUAGUUUGAUCCACUCUCUUUCAUAGUUC